AUUACUCUUGAUGGGUUUUGAUGGCUUGCAAGAUUCUAUACCUUUUAUUUUUCUGUUUCUCUGGAAGGACCAAGGAAGCAGCGCGCUACUUCACCUCCUCCGAAAUCACCUUCUCAAGAUGAUUCUGUGGAAAAGCCAACAUAUGUUAGGUUUCUGGUAUCAAACUCCGCAGCUGGUUCUGUUAUUGGAAAGGGUGGUUCAACUAUCACUGAUUUUCAGUCACAAUCUGGAGCGCGAAUCCAGUUGUCACGCAAUAAUGAAUUCUUCCCUGGGACUACUGAUAGGAUUAUCAUGGUAUCUGGUACAAUCAAUGAAAUACUAAGAGCUGUAGAGCUCAUUCUUUCGAAGUUGCUCACUGAGGUAAUCACUGACCCGUGAUAUUGAUUU